GUACUCUAGGCUGCUGCUGAGUGGGAGGAGAGCAGACCACAGCAGUCAGAGACCCCCAGUGGAUGACGUGGAGGAGUAUUAUAGGGAAGGCAAGAACCUGACCAGCAGCAUGGUUGAAGCCAUCUUGCCCAGUGCUGCAGAACAGAUGCAGCUAGACACUCUGCAUCAGGCUCCAAGGUCAGUGCAGCUUAAGGUGUUUUUGGAGACACUUGGUGUGUCCCAGUCCACUUUGAGUGGUGUCCCACCUCAUCUGCAUCUUCCUGUGGCUGUCACCUGCUACUGGCUGAGGCACGCCCAUCCCCCUCCAGAACUCCCUGUCCUGCAGGCCCUGCUACUAGGAUUGGUGUACGGAGAGCUCUGCAGACAGAGGAAGAGCCAAAGAGGGUUUAUGGAGGGACCAGUGUUGGAGAGGCUGAGAGGGCUGAUUCAGAGAGGUAGAAGGAGCCUAGACCUGGGUGUGGCCCACGCCUACAGCCAGUGGCAGUGCUGCCUGAAAGAAAGCCUUCACCUCAACCAACUGCUGUGCUUCCCUCUAGCCGAGCCUCAGUGUGCCUGGCUGUACAAGGGCACUCUGGUGCACCAGCUUGUGACCAAACUGAGAGGGGGGUUAACCCCGGAUUCUCUCCUGAUGGGAGACCUUGGCUCUGGACAGCUGUAUAGGGCCAUGCUGGGAGCCAUACUCAACUCCCAUGAUUCUCAUGAGGCAGCUGUCAUCCCAUUUGUGUCUGGGCUGCAGAGGGCCACACCUCCAUCCUUGACACAGCCACUGGACAAUCUGACGGCCAGUCUACACAUUCUGGCUCUGGAAUAUGAUGAUGAUGAUGGUGCUGGAGGUGGGAACAAGUCCAAGCCAGAGGAUGAUAUGGGUUGGACUUUGGUCUCAGUGCGGACCAGGCACAAGAGCAAGGACAGAUUCAACCGAUCUAGGAAUCCAGAAUUCUCCCGGAAGCAGGGGCGGAUCGGCUGGGAAUAGGGAGGGACCAUUAUAUAACUGUUUAGAUAGAGACGUUCUGCUCAACUCUUUAAUAUUUUUAUUGUUCUUAUGUGUACUGUCGUAGCUGAAUCAGAAUUAGUUAGGUAACAUUGAUAAAUAAGAUGUUUUAUUUUUUCUCAUAAUAUGCUUCUCUCAGGAAAAGUCACUUGGGGCCCAGAGAGGGGAGAGGUCAGGCUUGUCUUUUACAUGUCUGGUAAUAGGCAGAAUAUCAGAAAGGGAGAAGUCAGGGUUGAACAUUGUCUUCAUGAUGAAUAUAUCUGUUAAACCAUGUGAAGGGCUCCACUAUGUCUGUACUCCAGUCAUUCCCUCCUUUUCCCAUUGGGGGAGGAGUAUGGCAGUGUCUGGAACCAUUGUAUGUCCCCUCUGAUGUUGAAACUUGUCUUUCAUAGUAUAUGACCUAGAGGCUCACUCCUCUCAUGGAGCUUAUCCAGGGGUGGGUUGUAUUUGAGAUGGGAGUAUCUAGAUUUGACAAUUGAUAUAUGCCAUUGGAUGAGGUAAUGUUUUGGUAAUAGGAAGUACCAAGAACGAGAAGUAGAACCUCGUCUUAGAGAGCAAACUGAACGAUAAUUUAUAGCUAAUGCUAUCUGGCUAUGGGAUACUCCUCUUUCAAGUAAUAAUAAUAAUACAUUGGUGUAUGGUUACUAUGGUAAUGAGUAUUCCAGUUAUCAUUCUCAACAAGGCUUCAUGCUGAAAUGGCUCAUUUGCUGUAGCUAUAACCCUCGGUACACAUCGGAUGCCAUCCCAAUGGACAGCAGUACAUUCCACUGUGCAUUAUCAGCCAUAAGCCUAUCAAAUUCAAGAAUCAGCCAGCAUAGUGUCUCUUGCUAAUCUGUGUUUUUAAACAGAUGAUUUAGGUGCCAUGUAAGCCUAGAUACAAUGUAAUGUAAUGACAAAGCUUUGUAUGCUUGUAAGAAUGAUGCACAAAAUGAUCACUUCAAAUGAUUGUGCUGUUUAAGCCGACUGUCACCGUUUGUACUGAUGACUGAGUAAUGUUUGUACUGAUGACUGAGUAAUGUUUUUACUGAUGACUGAGUAAUGUUUGUACUGAUGACUGAGUAAUGUUUGUACUGAUGACUGAGUAAUGUUUGUAGUGAUGACUGAGUAAUGCUUGUACUGAUGACUGAGUAAUGUUUGUAGUGAUGACUGAGUAAUGUUUGUAGUGAUGAAUGAGUAAUGUUUGUACUGAUGACUGAGUAAUGUUUGUAGUGAUGACUGAGUAAUGUUUGUAGUGAUGACUGAGUAAUGUUUGAAUGGUUUUAGACUAAUCGUUUUGGUUUGACUGCUUUACCAAUGAAAAUGGUUGGCUACUGGCAGUUCAAUGCAGUAUGAACAAAACAAGCUGAACCACAGUUUAAUUGUUUUAUAGGCCGAUAUUCUUGUCACAUGUUUUUUGUUUUGUUUAUCAGAUGAUUUAUUUUGGGGAUGUUAUUAUCAAGGAUACUCAUUUGUUAUUAUUUAGUUUUUGUCACUGAAAACAUCACUGAUGUGUCCCGAGAAAUGUGUAAUAAAUGUAUCAUCAGUCA